AUGAGUAAUGGUUGUUCGUCUUUGAAAGCAUAUACUAUGAAAGCGCAGACAAAGCCAAGUGUAAGUGGGACCACUAGUUCCGGAACGCCUGAUUCGAAACUUCUCGCUUCGAAAUUGUUUUCAUACCUAAUUUCCUACGGCGAAAAUUGUCGCUUGGCAAUUGGCAGCGUAGCCGAACGCUUUCACGAAUUUGGCGGAGACAAGGGCUAUGAUUCGAAGAAAGCAUUGGAAUUCGUAAACUCUUUUCGCAAUAAAUUUGUUGUCAAGAACGUCGAGGGGAAGCAAUUUGUCGAAGCCAGAACAUCUGUGAAAAUAUGCGAUGCCUUUCAGGAAGGGAAGUGUAGGGCAACGGUUUGCAAAGAACUCCACGUGUGUCGUUUCUUUUUGGAAGGUACAGUAUUAUUCAUAACGCUGGUAGCCAGACCGCGAGUAUACUAAUGCAGGUAUCAGCAGCUUUCCCGGGGGGUCGACCCCCGGGCCACCCCGGGGAUUUGUCAAAACAGCCUUGACAAAAGGACACUAAUGCCCGUGGGUUGGGGCAAAAUUUUGUCACAAAUGCCCCUACCUCCGGGGCGAAAUUUGGAAAACAAUAAUUUCAAAUAUAACAAAUGGUUAUUUACAAAGAAAUUUGUAGUAAGUUAAUAUACUUAUUAACAUAAUUUUGGGCAUCUCGUUCAAUAAACAAUGAAGCGUAGGCCGUAAAGAAGAUAUUUUUGAACUAAAAAUUCAUACACAAUUUUAUAUCGGGACAUUUGUUAUUAAUACGUUUGCUAUAACCUAUUUAAUAAAUCAGUAUCCGAUACAAAACGUUUAAAAAGUUUGUGUCCUUUAUAGUUUCAAACAAUUAUUCUGGUGUUUCCAACUUUUAUUGAGGAUAGAUGGCUAUAAUUAUUCAUUUAUAAAUAAAAGGAUUAAAUUACAUUCACCUACCAUCGAUUGCUACUAAGCGGAAACGCGUCAUGAGAAAACGCCUGCCUCGUACCCAGGCGGUAUGUUCUAUUGCUCGUGUGGCCUUUGCGUGGGAUGUGUGCCGUGUACAAACCAAAGCGCCUGGGUACGAGGCAGAGAAAACGCGAUCUAUAAAUUGGACAUAGCUUGCGUAGCCAGCGGUUUGCCUCGCCUCCCUAAUUUUCGUUGCCCGCGCCUCAACCCCAACCCUUAAAACUGCCGGCUACGCAGGAUAAUUAGACAUGAAACAUAACAUGUCAUUUGGACUUCAAACUUUACAUGAUUUUGCUGGAAACAUUUGACGGUUUACAAUUAUUUUUUCCGCGAAAACGUAACAAAGUUAGUACAAACAUUGCAAACCGCAAUACUGAAUUUGUCCACUAUAAACACAAAAUAUAAGGCCUGUUUCAUACGUCGAAUUUAAUUCAGACGAAUUUAAUCACGGAUUUAGUGUUUGCAAGCUAAUCCCCGCCCAAUAUGAAUGUGUUUCUAAAUUUGAAAUGUUGACUGUGAGUGUCAAUAUUUCAAAUCCAAAUUUCAAGUCCAAACAAUUAAAUCAUGUUUGACAGCCAAUUGGAUGCGUUUUCUCAUGACAUGUUUCUGCUUUAUAGUUGCAAUCAACGGUAUAUUGUUCAUGUGCUUCGAAAUGCUUCGAAUUUGCUUCGAACUUCGAAGGUUCGAAGCGUCUUCAAAAAUCAUAAUUAAGAUUUUUUUUGAUGAAUCACCGCUGACCGAUAUAGCAGCAGUCCAUAUGCAAAUCCCGGGCGUUUGCCCCCGGGGUUAAUUUUCAAAAUACAAAUGUAGGCUAAAUCCCGGGUCUCCGGGGCGUGAUUUUAAAACAAAUUCCGUGCCAUGCCCUCAAUUUUAUGGGGGGGGGGUGCUGAUUUGCAGCAGGCAUGCAAACAUGCAUGAGGUGAAUUUGUCAAUAGGUGCAAGAGGGACGACAAGUAUAAUCCUGCAUGGCCAGUUAUAUCCAAGAUUACUGUUUGGUACCAUUUUUUUUAGCAUGAACAAUCAUUAUUAAGAUGUAUAAAUUUUGUCAGUAGAUAAAUGUCAGUUUAAUAAUUGGGCUAACAAGCUAAUUAGGUGUCUUUUGAUUGGUUAGUGAUAGUGAUCUUGGCCGUAUGUGAAAAAGUCAAAAUCUGGCCUUUUUGUAGAGGUGGUGCUAGCCCCGAUUUGAAUGGGGGGGGGAGGGGGUUAGUGACAAUGUAUCUUUUCCCAACAUUGUUGGCGGCAUAUUUUUCGUUUUCUUUUGAGUACAUGUACCGUUGCUUUCCUUCAUGUUUUCAUAAAUUUCUCCUUAAUUAAUUGUCAAUCAAUAUUUUAGUUUUUCCCUUCCUAUCCAAUUCAUGUAUUGCUGACUACGAAAACAAUUGCCGAUCGGCAAAUUUGCUGACUACUUGAUGACUGGGAGGGUGUCUCCCCUCCCCCCCCCCUCCACACUAGCGCCGCCCAAAAUACCUGGUUGGUCUAUAUCAGACAUAAAAUUUUAAUCUAUAUUUUAAUAUAUAAUGCACUAUAACCAAGCGAAAGAUACUUUGGCUAGUUAAUUAGCCCAAUUGACAUUUAUCUACUGACAUUCAUCUAAAUAAUUAUUGUUCAUGCUAAACAAAUUAAUUGGUAUUAACAAGCUAUAAUCUUAGACUUACCUGGCUGAGAUUAUACUUGUCAUCCCUAUCGCCCCUUCCUUAUGACAAAUUCACAUCCUGCCAAUUAUUGCUGUGUUGAGUGCCCACACUAUGACAGCCCAAACCCAAUGUACAGUGUGAGUUUGUCAUGGUAAAUUAAUUAGCAAACUUUGUUUCAAUGGAGGGGAGAGGGGAUCAUGCCGAAUUUGGCUUGUCAAUGUACAUUGUAUAAAUUUUGUAAAAUUUCAAACACUAAUGAUCUCAAUAUCUUAUGUUCAAGACUGUAGCUGUAAAAAGCACACAGUUCCAAUAAACAGUUAUUGUUAAUAAAUCUAUUGUUUAUGUUUUUUAAUUAAUUGAAGAGAGUUGUACAUUUGGAGAUGAGUGCAAAAAGCCACACACGUUUGACAUUACACAGACGAGAGAGUUAUUGGUAUACCACAAAUUGGACAGUUUGGACACAGACGUCCUAAAAACUUUGUUUCGAAAGGUAUUGAGUGACAAGAAAAUGAAACAUGCCUCUAGCAGUUCCGGUCCGAGCAUUUGUAAAUUUUACAACAAGGGGGAUUGUAAAAAUGGUGACAAAUGUGAAUUUCUGCAUGUGUGUAAACACUACAUAGAUGGGGAUUGUAAAUUUGGCAGCCGCGGAUGUAAAAGGUAUGAUCAACUUUAAUUUAAUUACACAAUUGUGUAUAAAAAAGUGCACAGUUCUAAAACGUUCACUAAAACUGAAAAUUCUGCAACAUUUGUGACUAGUUCAUGUUAGGGUGGGUGUCUGGGGUAUUUUGAGUUCUGGUAUCUCUAUCGCCAAAUUAUUCUGAGAAGUAAAUUUUCGAGUACAGAAGGGCUGUUUUUCAAAACCACUUUAAAAAUGGCUUGCGCACAAAAUUGUUAGGUUUAAAACGCAAUUUGACACAGGGUGCAAAUGUGGAAGGUGUUUUAUGAACUAUCAAAAUACCACUCCAGACAAUUUGAUGGAAAUUAAGUCCAACGAGCUCUGAAACUUACAAUGUAACGUAAUAAUUAAUAAAGCGGACAUAAUUUCAACUCAGUUUUUGCACCCUGAGCCUGCGCUGCUAGGUGGAACAGUCGCGUUUGUGGCACCCAAAUGACCCCCCAUUUUAUAUAUCCGGCCCUGCCAGCAGGAGCUAUUCCAGUAUCAUGAAAGAAAUAGAACGUUUGUUCUUUAUUGCUGUUGUAGGUAUCAUGAUUUUGAAAGUAGACAUUCAAGAAAAAUUUUGGCUGUUCAUAAUAUGGGAGAACUUGGCAACGAAUGGCAGAUACGCUGCGUGCUUCAAAGUAACCAAGCCCUAAACCUCGAUUCGGAUAAACCAGAUAAUGAUUCUUUUUUGAAAGCCUUGGUUACGUGCAGUGCCAAGAGUAUGGCAACCAGUCCAAGUCCUAGCACAACAUAUUCUUCAUCGCAGGAUUUUUCCAGUGAAAAGAUGGAGAUAUGCGGUUUCAAUCUGCGUGGGAAGUGUUAUUAUGGCAACAUGUGUAAUGCAUUGCACACAGCCCUACCAUAUCAAUGGCAGUACUAUGAUGAUAAACUCUUGCUUUGGAAAAACUUUCCUGACAAUAAUAAUCGAGAUAUAGAGAAGAAAUUUUGUGAUCAUGAGGAGGAUACUGUGACACUUAAACUGGUUGGCCAUACUGUGACAUCUAAACUGGUUUUUUUCUGUAUUGAUUUUCAAAAAAUGGAAGGAAGAACAUUUUUUGGUAAGAUUGAAUUUCUGUUUAUCGUUCAUAUGUGCUUUCUUACAGCAUAAGCACAAUGCUUUACUUAAAAAAAUAUUUUCGUUAAGUAACGUAAUUUUACUCUGACUAAAUCAAUCAUCAAACAUCAAAAGGAAAUCUAGAAUGUUAAUUGGUCAAUCCAAACUAUCUGACUAUAAUAAUUAUAUGUCUCGUUUCUUCCGUCUACGUUUGCACUAUUGCAGAUAUUUUUAAGAAUUUUAAAUUUUUAUCUUUAGCUACAUCCUUUCUUCAAAUAUCGUUUUGUCAUAGAUACCCAAGUUUGGAAAGUACGUCGUCUUUCAACACUCUCGUCAGUAUUGGCUGUAUCUGGUCACGUGUUUCGUACCACGUGGAAGUGGUACUGGCAAGAUGAGCGUGAUAAAUGGCAUUGCUACGACAACGGUAAAGCUGAAACAACUAGCGAGGAAAUUGAACAGCAUUUUCAGACAAGUACGUGUACACCAAGUGAAUCCACUUCUGGUAAGGUUUGACUUAAAAUUAGACUUAUAGUUUGUAGUUACACCAUAGACAGAUUCGAAAAAUAGCUGUCAUUUUUUCUUCCGAAAUUAGUUUCAUGCGGUAAUCUAAGGUAAUCAUGCGCCUUAUUUACAGAAUACUUCAAGACUGACACUUUUACAAAGUAUAAAUAUAAUUCCAUGUAUUCUCUUUGGGAAAUUACUCUUGACUCCAAUUUAGCCUACUUUUGAAAUCUUACUUCCAAUGUAUAUUUUCUCCCAUUUUGAAAUAUUAAAUAUUUCUUUCCAAAGUAGUAAGAAGAGUUUCUAUUGAAGGUAUAUCUAUACCAUAGGGAUGCCCUAAAAUACGUGUACAGAUGAAUAAACUUCGUUGUAAAACUUCCUUGAUUAUAUUUUAAGACCGCUUAGUACAAAAUAUAUACAUUAAUAUACAAAGCAGGCAUGUUCUUUUUUUUGUUUUAGGUACGAAAGGAUAUAAAUUCUCCGCUGGCUCUAAUAGCUACACUCUAAACUUUGAUGACGUACACGAAUUGUAUCAACAGAAUGAUGAACAUGGAACGAAACGAAAUGUUCGAAGACGACCUGCGAAAUAUCUCAAUGAAAAUACUAUGAAGCAAGUUUUCGAAGAGUAAGCCUUGUUUAGAGAUUUUAAAAUUAAGUUCCGCCUGAGUAGGCAAACUAGCAAACGUUUUUGUGGAAAAUACAUUCAAAGAUUCAAAGAUUUAUUUGUGCCAACAAUAAUCCAUAAUUUGAAGUAUAUAUAGAUACAUAAUUAAACAAAUAAUCGAAGCACAGGCUGACAGGCUAUUUAGAAUAGCAAAGCUAAUCUAGCCAAAUAGUCCAUGUUAAUUCAAAUUUGAAAACAUCUGAAUAUCUUUAUUAUUUUCCUACAGGCAAAAAUGUUUCCCUAUACAAAUUCAGAAAAUUAUGUUUUGCAAGUUUUAUUACCUGUAGUCUUGCAAAAACUGUCUUCUGAAUAAGUCUUCAACCAGUGCUGCAUGUUGAUGCCAGCACUAUUUUAAAUUUUAUUUUUGAGUAAAAUAAUAUAUUCUGGAGAGUAAAGGCAAGUAUUUAAUCUGACAUUUUUUUCCUGGCUUAUCCAUCAUCAAUGUUUCCUGAAACAAUGCUUCCUACUACUUAGUGACCCUGACCCUACUACGAGAUUUUAUUCCUCAAACGGUAAGAACUAGUUAAUAAGUCUACCUGUCAUCGUUUUUGUUUUUCAUACUAUUUAGUUUCAAACGAAAUCGUCAAAAAACAAGUUCUAACAGUGGCACCCCAUCAUAUCCUGUUCCAUCCAACUGGAGCCUUAUUGAUCUUUCAGAAGAAUUUAAAAUUGUAGAAUUGAGUGAAGUAUCGGAUCAUAAUGAGUACUCGAAAGUCAAGGCAGAAUUUAUGACAACAAUGGCGGGUUUUAAAGUGAAAUCUGUUAAACGCGUUCAGAAUCCUGGCUUGUGGGAAGAUUAUGAAAGGUAUGUAGUUGCACUAGUGUUUUUUGUUGUUGUUCUUUUUAAGGUAAAACAUCGGUUAUGUGGGAUUGAUUGAUUGAUUGGGAAAAAUUAAAUCAGAUACAACUAUUAAUCAGAUACAACUAUAUAUAUAAAAAUAUUACAUGGGGGUCACUAUAUCAAAGGUUUACAUGAAGUAGUGCGUCACAUAGGCACGCAAAGGGGGGUGGAAUAUGAGAUCAUCAAUUUUCGCUUCCUUAUAAUAAACCGCUGCGCUUGUUCGUCGCGAUGCACUACUUCAUGUAAACCUUUCAUCUUUCAUAUAGUGGCUCGCAUGAAAUAUUUUUGUUUAUAUGCAUUAACUCCUCGCCUUUAUUUUGCUAAACAUUUUUUAACAUGAAGUAUUCUCAAUUACGCCACCAAUGAAUUAACGCAGGAUGGCGUUGCUCACGUCGUGUACUCAUGUUAGCCAUGGCAACACGAAUGCACGAUCAUUGUUUUUAGUUUUUAAUUUUUUGUGCAAAACAGCAAAAAAUAUUAAUGAAGUUGAACUCUUUUAAUUAACUAUCGAACUAUCAAUUUCUAAAGCUUCGCGAAAUCAGUGUUCAUUUAACUUUAUAAUAUUAUAUGUGCUGUUUCAAUUGUUUGGCAUUUUUUGGCGAUUAACUAUUUAGCCUAACUUAGUCUCUUUAUUAGUUGCAACAAAAUCAAUUCAAUCAUACAGCUCGCUCUUGGAAAUAAUUUAGUUUCCUUUAAUUCUAUAAGCCUUUUGUAAUAUAAAAUAGGGCAAUUUAGGAGGCAAGUAUAGAUACUAGAUUGGACUGGUAUCGCGGGUUCGAUUCCCACCGUGGCCAAGCUAACUUUUCAGCUUGCCCGGUGUGGAUGCACACUCAGAGUAACAUCACAAACAUCAUAUUCACCUGAGUACAUAAUACCAACACACACACAAAAUAACGUACUAUAAAACAAAACGAACUUACUUUAUAUUUCAUCAUUUCCCAUCUUAUGUCUUUUCUUGUCAUUUCUUUACAGUAAAAUUUAAAAAAUUGCUUUGCAGCUCAUUGUAUGAAACGACUACAGUUUUCAUAUGUUUUCAUUCUUUUCAACCCGACAUCUUGGCAGUUGGCUCAUUUCACUCCUGGCAGUCCGCCAUAUUUUGAGAUCAGUGAGAUGAUCACCCGCUGCCCCACUUUUGAAAUCGCUAGCAGCCUUCCUUUUCCCGGGUUUAAAUAGUCGUGCGAAAUUAGUACCCUUGCGCCGGACUUACGCCGGGAUUUUUGACCUUUUUUCGACCUCAAAAUUCUAUCAAUAAAUAGAAAAUAGAAAAAAAAUGCUAACUAUAAUUUGAAAUAGUUUAACACAGCUGUGCAUGGCCGCAAUUUAGUUAUCGCCUAAAAAACAAGGCUAUUAUCAAACAAUUCUUGCUUUAAUUUUAAGGCAAAAGGCAAAAAUCACCAAGAAGAACUCGGGCCAGUCUCCUGAAGAGCGCUGGCUAUUUCACGGCACGAGUAAAGACAUUGUGGAACCAAUUUGCCAACAAGGUUUCGAUUGGCGUCUCAGCGGUUCUAAACACGGAGCCGUUUACGGCAAAGGUAGUUAUUUUGCCGUAGAGGCCUCGUAUUCCCAUAGGUAUAGUUUGAAAGCUGUGCAAGACUGCUGCAAGAUGUUCAUGGCUAAAGUGAUCGUGGGCUCGUAUGUUGCGGGCUCGUCCGAUACUCAGCGGCCACCUGCGAAAGACCCUUCCGACCCUCUGAGUCCUUUGCAUGACUCGUGCGUGAAUAAUGAAGUGAAGCCUACCAUCUUUGUCGUCUUCGAACGGAGUCAGGCUUAUCCCUACUACAUCAUUGACUAUACCAACUGAAACCUGUCCAAUAUCUUGGACAAAAUAUACCAGUUUUUUUUACAAGAGUGCAGUGAAAUUAGCUCUGCUAAACUGGUUUUGUAUUGCACGUUCUUUUCAAUAAACUUUAGUAUUAUUAAGAAUAACUAACUUGUCAAGAACAACAUUGACUAUUUUAAACUUUUUUCAUACCUAAUUUAACAUCAUAACUUUGAAUAAUCACAUGCCUAGUUGCUAUUAGAAUAGAAAACAAAUGUUACCAACUUUUUGACAAAAGUUUUUUUGUUUAUCUAUUUUGCAACAACAAAAACAAAAGGGAGAUCACAUAACUAGUAAGAGGAGAAACGUGGCUGUAUACGUUAGUAGUAAUAUAGGUACCGUUCGACCUGGAUUUUGGGGGCGCCGCAGCAUCAUUAGCAUAAAACAAGGUGCCGCAUCAUCAGUAUAAUAUACUGGAUGAUAUCCUAAUUAAGAUAACAAACAUACUGGAUGAUAUCCUAAGAUUCUGGACGAUGUCCUAAGAUACUGGGCGAUGUCCUAAGAUAUUGUAU